CAGCGCCAGGCGGCGGAGCGCCGAGUCGCUCGAUGAGCGGGGGCGCUGCAGCGGAGCGGAGCGGAGCGGCGGCGGGUCUGCGCCCUCGGCCUUCCCCCUCCCUCCCUUCUUCCUCAGCUUCCCGCUCCCUCCCCCGCCCGCCCUGCGCCGCCAGCAGGGACUGCUGCGGGGAGCACUCCGGAGACCGCAGGUGGUGAAUACUUAUUCUGUUGGGAAACACAAGACUAUUUUUGAGCAGAAAGUAUGCCUCCCAAGUUCAAGCGCCACCUAAAUGACGAUGAUGUCACUGGGUCUGUGAAAAGUGAGAGGAGAAAUCUUUUGGAAGAUGAUUCAGAUGAAGAAGAGGACUUUUUUCUACGGGGACCAUCUGGACCAAGAUUUGGACCUAGAAAUGACAAAAUUAAGCAUGUUCAGAAUCAGGUGGAUGAAGUUAUUGAUGUAAUGCAAGAGAAUAUUACAAAAGUAAUUGAAAGAGGAGAGAGGCUAGAUGAACUACAGGACAAAUCAGAAAGCUUAUCGGAUAAUGCAACCGCUUUCAGCAACAGAUCCAAACAGCUGCGAAGGCAAAUGUGGUGGCGUGGGUGCAAAAUAAAAGCCAUCAUGGCUUUGGCUGCAGCUAUCCUUUUGCUAAUGAUUAUCACUCAGAUCAUCCUGCACUUGAAAAAAUGAAGUUUUACCACCAUCAAAACUAUCAUUAUUUAACAACAGUGAAGAUCAACAGAAACAUUGAAGUAGCUUUGCUAAUGUUAGUUUAUGAUGCCCAGUGAAAUCAGGUCACCGCUGCCGUGCCUGACGUGUGCCCUCGUGGUUGGUCUGUAACAGAAGCCUCUUCCCUUGCAGCAGUUUGUGAUGAGUGGGUUCCUCUUCCAUCAUAACCCAGUGUUGCCUGUGGUCUUUUGAUUCCUUUGUCCUAACAAAACUCAUUGGUAAUUGUCCCAAAAUUUUAUAAACUGGGAAUUUUAUUGACUAAGAGAAGGCCCAGUAUUGAUGAUGGAACAUUGUUUAAAAAUGGAAAACAGGUAAAACACCUCAGAUACAGAGGUCCCUGUGAUGGCGGACAUUCUGUGGACUGUCAUUACAGUUCACCCCUGGGCUGUGUGUUAGAAAGCAAUGCUGGCAUUCAAUAGCAGAAACUGCACCUUUCUGUUCUGUAUGCAUGUGGGUUCCCUGUGAAUGCGAACACACACACAGGGUGAGGCUCAAAUGUGACAAGGGCCUGACCUCUAUCCCUGUCACUUAACACCUGUUCUGUGUCCUGUCGGCACUGUAUCCCAAGCAGACUUGUAUUUACAUCUCGUAUAUAUUUUAUGGCUAGAAAAUAUGCAAGAAGGUUUUUUAGUGUUGAAAACAGAUGUCAUUAGAUGUUCUUAGUUGUAUUGAGUCAGAGUGUUACUAAGCUAGGGACUGGACUACUAAUCAGAUUUUGUGUUUUCACAUAGAAAUGUUAUCAGAGUCAGUUUUACUCUUCUGUGAGUGAUAAUAAGAGCAUGAGUCAGUCUAAACACAUGGGGUGGGGGUUGCCAAAUAACAGCAGAAAGGUAAUGGCUCAGAAGAAGCAGAAAGGGAGUAUCUCAGUGCAUACAGAUGCACCCUCCCUUAGACUGACAGGGUCUGAGUUUGUCUUGUGUGGCUUGUUGGGGUUUUUUUGUUUUGUUUUGUUUUGUUUUGUUGGUUGUUUGGUUUUGGUUUUGGUUUAUUUGAUACAUGGUCUCACUGUGUGACCCAGACUGGCCUCAGAAGCACAGAGAGCUAUCGGCUUCCCAAGUGCUGGGAUUAGAGGUAUGUGCCACCACGUCCUGCAGCGUUUUUCUUUUUGAUCAAAGAAUUCCUGGGCUUAAGUUAACUUUCCAACUUAGCCUCAGAAGUAGCCAAGACUACAGUGGGCACCAGCAUGUGCAAUGGGCCUUCUCCUUAAGCCUGAGGUCAGUCUCACUGGAUAUUUAUUUUCAUAUGUGGAGUAGAAUAAGGAGUGGAACACACUUUUAUUCCAGCUCUUGUUUUAUUUUACAAAGCUACUUAGAACAGGUUAGCAGGGAUGAGAAGAAAAACAUUGCUAAUCCAGUUGGGAUAAGUGUAAGCUUAAGCUUUAUAAGAAAGGACCACACCAUGUUGUGUCCCUGUGUGUAUAGCUGUGCCCCAGAAGUCACACCCUGUUGGUAGUGUGUAAGCGAGGACUGGUUUCCAGUGUGUGCUAAGAGGUAACAUGAUUGACUAGGCGAACCUAGUGAUAAAAGGGUUCUUACAAUUUAGUAUUGAAAAAUUGUGGUUGUAAGGUAUUGCAUUUGGUUCUUUUCACUUGAAAAGAACUCACAUAUUUUAAAGCUGUAAGUUGUUUAUGUCUGAGGAUUUAGUAAAAUGUCAGAGAUCAAUCUGUAAGGAAAUUCAAGGAUUGUUUUUAUAUCUUAGUUGUAUGUCAUUAUUUUAGAUCCCACGAUCCCUUAUUUAACCAUUUCGGCAAGUGCCUUUGACACUUAAGGAAUAUUAUGGGAGAUGAGCAAAUGUAGGUGCCACGCCCCAGUUCCUGGCUUCUCAGUUCCUCGUGACGGUGUAUGUUCUACAGUGCUACAAAGUUCAGUUCUUUGUGUUCAUAUGAGAUUGUAUAGUAAACAGCAAAAUAAACCAUUUUGCAGAAAAUGAAAAGUAAGCACUGUGGCUUGUUCAGCGUGUUACCUGUUGACCUAACUUCAAGUAAAGUACCUGUGCAAGCACCCA